CAAAGAGGAAAAAAGGCAGUGCAUCCCACAAAUCACUAUUCCAGAUAGUACUUUGUUAGCUGUUACUACUACUAUUAUUGAAAGAAAUAUUCAUUCUAACGAAAGAAGGGGUGAACUGCACAAGGAGAGUCAGGGAAAUUUCAGUGGAGGGUCAAAGCGAUUGAACUGGGGCCACUCUUCACGACAGAUCGAUCAAGCACUUCAGUUUUGAGAUUCUCAAUUUCAUUUCCAUUUUUCUUGCUCCAUCUUCGUGAAUAAGUGAAACUUCAGGGAUCAUCCUGUAGUUUCCUUGCAUUUUGAAGCUUAGACAUGGCAGAAAAGGCAUGUGUAAAGCGACUCCAGAAGGAAUAUAGAGCACUUUGUAAAGAACCUGUCUCCCAUGUUUUGGCCCGCCCUUCUCCAAAUGAUAUUCUUGAGUGGCAUUACGUUUUGGAGGGGAGUGAAGGAACGCCCUUUGCAGGUGGAUUUUAUUACGGUAAGAUCAAGUUUCCUCCAGAAUAUCCAUUUAAACCUCCAGGAAUCAGCAUGGUUACCCCAAAUGGAAGAUUUAUGACGCAAAAGAAAAUCUGUUUAUCUAUGAGUGACUUUCACCCAGAGAGCUGGAACCCUAUGUGGUCUGUGUCAAGCAUACUUACAGGACUGCUCUCAUUUAUGAUGGACACUAGUCCUACCACAGGCAGCGUAACAACAACAGUUGAUGAGAAACAGAAGCUUGCUACGGCUUCUCUUGCUUUCAAUUGUAAAAACCCUACCUUUAGAAAAUUGUUUCCAGAAUAUGUGGAGAAGUAUGAAGAGCAGCAGCUCCUGGUGCAUCCUGUUCAGGAGCAGGUGUCAUCCGUGCCAACUCAAGCGGGAAAUUCCACACCCUUGUUGGAUGGUCUGAAUAGAGCAGAGCCCCGUAAGGACCUGAAAAACCAACGGAGGAAAUCUUUGCCAACUUGGUCGUUGCUGCUGCUAGUAUCAGUUUUUGGCGUUGUAAUGGCCCUGCCUCUACUUCAGCUUUGAUGGUUAGUUCCAUUAGGCAGGGAACUUAUUCUUCUGCCAUACUAUAGAACAAAGUAUCCGAAAUAUGUGGUUGUCUAAUACUUAUCUGGGUUAUUACCGGUAAGUGCAAAAUGUUCUAGGUUUUUCAUAUAUCUCUUGGAAUGUAUAGAAAUGUGUCUAGCGGAAAUCAAGCUGAUGCCUUGGUCUAGACGACGGGUUUUUGUUUUCUAGUAUGGGUAGUCUUGUCUCUUCAAAUAUGAAAUUCUGAUGUUAUGGUGAAGGGGCUCAGAGUUGCAAA